AUGGAACUUACAAUGGAGAAUUUAGGGAACAUUCACAGUAUGUCCCAUUCCCAGGCUGGAGAGUUAAUGAGCUCCACACACAGCAGACAGGUUUCCCACAGGAAUCUGGUUUCUCACGGGCGACCUGCUAUGGUGACUAGCAUGGCUUCCAUCCUGGACGGAGGGGAAUAUAGAGCAGAACACACCUUGGCUGGCCCGCUGCACCCUGCUAUGAAUAUGUCAUGUGAGUCCCCUUCGGGCAUGAGCCUGAGCAGCACCUACACUACCCUUACCCCCCUUCAGCACCUGCCACCCAUCUCCACGGUAUCUGACAAGUUCCACCACCCGCACCACCACCACCACCAUCAUCACCACCAUCAGAGAUUGACUGGGAACGUGAGUGGUAGCUUUACCUUGAUGAGGGACGAAAGGGGUUUAACAUCAAUGGGCAAUAUCUACAGCCACUAUCCCAAAGACAUGGCGACCAUGGGCCAGUCGCUAUCACCCCUGUCCAAUGGCCUGGGCACUUUGCACAACUCACAGCAGUCACUGGGCCCAUAUGGCCCGGGUGGACAUUUAAGCAACGACAAAAUGUUACCACCAAACGGAUUCGACUCCCAUGCUGCCAUGUUAUCUAGGAGUGAUGACCACCUGACAAGGAGCCUGGGUGCUCCGGGAGCUGGCAUGAUGCCCCCUCUGAAUGGAAUGCAUCAACAUGGGCACCACCACACUUCAUCCAAUGGCUCAAUCCUUAGUGAAAGGGAUAGACAAGCAUCCACGUCUGGCUCUCAGGCUGGUGGCAAUGGUCAAGUGGAGGAGAUUAACACGAAAGAGGUUGCUCAAAGGAUCACUGCAGAGCUGAAAAGAUACAGCAUACCCCAAGCCAUCUUUGCUCAAAGGAUCUUGUGCAGGUCUCAGGGAACCCUGUCUGACCUCCUCAGGAAUCCCAAACCUUGGAGUAAGCUUAAGUCUGGACGAGAGACCUUCCGGAGGAUGUGGAAGUGGCUACAAGAACCUGAGUUCCAGAGAAUGUCUGCUCUGAGGCUGGCAGACCCUGAGCUUGGUGGAACACUGAAGUUUGUGGCAAAAGGCUUGACAGACAGGAAACCAGAAAUUCAGAAAACUGUGGAAACUGAGAACUGUAGUCUUCAAUUUUUUGGAGGAAGUUUUAGCAAUAAAGCUUGCGGCAAACAUUAG